UAUCGGAGAGCACGCAUCACCUGGGACUCCUCCAUGCAGGAGAAACUCCCCCGUGCCUCAUUUCAGAAGAUUCUCAGUGAUGAUAAAAGCCUGUAUGAGUUCUUGCACAACUGGGAGGUGUAUGGCCUGGUAUUGAUUAAAGGUGCCCCACUGUCGAUGGGACAGGUCAGGAAAGUGGCAGAGCGCAUUGCCUUCAUCCGAAGGACUCACUAUGGGGAAGAGUUUUCUGUGAUUGCAAAGCCAAACCCCAGCAACGUGGCCUAUGAUGCAGGUCCCCUACAGCUUCAUGCUGAUCUUCCAUACUAUCAGUAUAAACCAGGGGCAGAGUUGCUGCACUGCAUUGUCCAGGCUGAAGGAUCGGGAGGAGCAAACACCCUUGUUGAUGGUCUGCAUUUAGCAGAGAUGAUGAGAGUGCAGGAUCCACAUAGUUUCAAUCUUCUCUCUUCUGUGCAUGUUGACUGGUCAGACAUAGGUGUGGAAGAUGGGGAGCCCUUCCAUAAAAUUCAUCAGGCCCCUAUACUCUGUUUGCACCCAGUCACUCAGGAAUUAGAGCGAAUCAAUUUCAGCCAGCCCCAGAGGGAUUCUUUCUUCCGGAUUCCACUUCACAUUGUUGAGCCAUGGUAUCGGGCUUUGAAGGCUUUCCAUGCCAUGGCUAUGGAUCCCUCAAAUUGUAUGACUCUAAAGCUGAACCCAGGAGACAUGCUGGCUUUUGACAACAUCCGCAUCCUGCAUGGGAGGAAAGAUUUCGGCACCCAUUUGUCACGGCACAUUGAAGGCUGUUACGUCGAUUGGGACGAGGUCCGCUCCAAGUCCCGAGUCCUGGAAGGCGCUCUUGCUUCCUGAAUUCCUUCCUCCCUCCCCCUCCCAUUAAUGUCACCAUCUGUGACUUUAGAGCAUUGUGCCAACUGCACAGCCCUUCCCCAAUCUCAUAACUCCUUGGGAUGAGGACAGUGAUGCUGUGAUAGGAAUGCAAAGAUUUUUAUUACUGUUUUUUUUUCUUUUUUUUAAUAGAAGAGCUUGUCUUAUUCUGCUG